GAGGGACAAUAUUGAAAAUAAAAGGAAUAAAAAAAAAAAAAGAAAAAGAUAACAGAAAGAAAGAGAAGAAAAAGAAGCUAACAUGAACGCAUUCUCUGAAAAUCCAUUUUUUUUCUUUGUGGAUAAUGCUCAUCCUAUAUUUCCUAUGGAUGUUUUUCAAGAUGCCGGCAAAAUAAUAGAAUUAUCGGACACCGGAUGUGAUGCAAUUUCUCCGUCGUCUUCGGUUCGACAAAAAAAAGAUAAAAAUCAAUCAUAUUGCGAAAAGAAGGUACCCCGUCAUGAUCCAGCAUCGAAAAAUAUACGAAAAAUAUUCGAUCAGAAACAAGAAACAAAUAGGGAAGAAUUCCAGAAAAAAAGUAACACGAGAGGCAACACAUCAACUACAGACAAAACACCACCGAAGAAAAUAAAAACGAAAGAAUUUUUGAGGGAAAGAUCUAAAACUAUGAAUCGAGAGAAUAAUGAAAAAAUUGAUCAAUGGGAACGCAAUAUAGCUGAUUUUGAAAGUAUAUUAAGAGGUCAAGGAAAUUUUGUAGAUGUCACCGACGAUUCCGAUUUGUCAAAUUAUUUACUUGAAAAGAUAACACCAAGAUAA